GUGGACAACUACACCUGUAAACAGGGAUGGAGAUUACUUCUUUUGGUUUUCAUACCUGAGUUCAUCAGAUUUGGUCACUAGGUUUUGGGUUUGGCUUUUCAUUUAUGUUAUCACAGGGAGGAAUCUUGUGUCUUGAGCAAGCCAGAAAUGUCUGAGGAGUAAGCAGCCCGGGGAAUCCAGUACUUCUAGAAAACACUGGUUCACGUUCUUGGGUCAGCGAACCAAGUGUAUGAUUUGAGGUUUUGCUCCUAUCAGUUGCUACGGACGUAGUUUUCACAGGCCUCUUGAGAUAUAGACACAAAGAUAGAAUGAAGGUGGGUUGGGAGCUCGAUUAGGUCAGUGGAGGUUUCCGGGAGCCGCCCUUUGGGGCCGAGGCGCUUCUCCCCCACUCUACAGAGGGCGCUGUAGGCACCUCUGCAACACGGCCCCGCAGCAUCCCCGGGGAGGAGCCUCUCCUGUAGCCGCCGCCGCCUCCGCGAUCGCAAACCCGGAAGAAGCCUCUGGUAGCUGGACUGUGCCGGCCGGCCUGGCACUGCCAUGCAUCCCAUGGAGGUAGGUCUGGUUCCCGCUCCAGCGAGGGAGCCGAGACUGACCCGCUGGCUGCGGAGAGGCAGUGGGAUCUUGGCGCACCUGAUAGCUUUGGGCUUCACCAUCUUUCUGACUGUGCUGUCCCGGCCCGGAACCAGUCUUUUCUCCUGGCACCCUGUGUUCAUGGCCUUGGCGUUCUGUCUCUGCAUGGCUGAAGCUAUUCUACUCUUCUCACCUGAGCACUCCCUGUUUUUCUUCUGCUCUCGAAAGACCCGGAUCCGACUCCACUGGGCAGGGCAGACCAUGGCCAUCCUCUGUGCUGUCCUAGGCUUGGGCUUCAUCAUUUCCAGCAAGAUCCGAAGUGAGCUGUCCCAUCUGGUGUCCUGGCACAGCUGGAUAGGAGCCUUGACACUGUUGGCCACUGGAGGACAGGCACUGUAUGGGCUCUGUCUCCUCUGUCCUCGAGCAGCCCAGGUCUCAAGGGUGGCUCGCCUCAAGCUCUACCAUCUGACAUGUGGCCUGGUUGUCUACCUGAUGGCUACAGUAACAGUGUUGUUGGGCAUGUACUCAGUGUGGUUCCAGGCCCAGAUCAAAGGUGCAGCCUGGUACCUGUGCCUAGUACUACCAUUGUACCCAGCUCUGGUGAUCAUGCACCAGAUCUCCAGCUCCUACCUGCCGAGGAAGAAAGUGGAUAUAUGAAUGCUUCCGAACUCUGAAUCUAGGUGGAAUUCUUGCCUUGAUUUCAAUAGUUCCUUGGUGGAUCUUCACAGGACCCACUUCAGAAAUAGAUGAAUUUUUGUACUUCAUGGCUGAGCCACAGUUUACAGAAACCCUAGCUGCUACUGUUGAGGCAUGAUCCAUUGGGCUCAAAUGGGGACAUAUCCUGCUGUGCAAGUGGAAGGUUAUGGAGAACCUGAAGCCUCACUCUUGAUGGGAGACAGAGUACUAGGUGGUGGAGGUGAUGGUGAUGGUGGUGAUUUCUUGCUUGUGUGUCUGAUGAAGAGUUCUUGUAGGUUAUGAAUGGCAGCCACAGACACUGGGGUCCCUGUUGAGAAAGCAGUGCUAUGGAGAGCCUGUGAUCUCUCGGGCAGUGCUGUACAAUCAGCCUUAGAUGAGCUCCCUAUCUCAGGACCUCAGUUUCCAAAUCUGAAAGACUUUUACCUUUAACCCUGGUGUCUGGAUACCCUCUUAGCUCUGGACCAUGUGGGCAGCUCAGGAUGUAAUUCUUUCAUCCAUUCUCCCUUUAUUCCCCUGGAAAUCAUGCUGACUCAGCUCCUGAACCAAGAAACUCGGGCCACGAGCUGUGGAAAGGACGGACCCAGGUGAGGGUCUCCUGGACAAUAAGGCCGUGAAGGCACUGAAGUCACUUUAAAAUUCUGUGGAGGAACCGAAGGCGUUGGCCUUACCACGCCCUUGACUCCUGGGCUCCUUAGCUGAGCUAAGAACUUCCUUCAGGCUACCUCUGGGUAUGCUCCUGACAUUCAUUCUCAGGGCAGAGUGGUCCUGGGCAUCUUACACUUUGCCCUUCGGGCUUAAAGUGUUUUACUCGGUGUAUUGCUCCAUGGUACUAUUCUGAGGCUUUUAGAACAAAAUAAAGACCAAGGAAUAGGCCCCUCCUGACCUAAGGAAAA